AUGACCGCUGCUACUUCUUCUUCCACCACGGCCGGCUCGACACCAUCCAGGCGUGGUGCGACAACAUCCUCGACAGCAACAACUUCUUCUUCCGCCACUGGUGCCAGCAACGGCCCAGCUUCUCCAGCGCAUCGCACCGCCGACUACGGUACGCGCCUGUACGACCAGAACGGACGCCACGCUCCUCCCGCUGCUGGCCCGGCAUCCUCGGCUUCCCAUGCCGCUUCGCCGUCCAAGCAGAGCAAGCUCACGCACGCGAACAAGGCCUCCAACUCUUCUUCCUCGCCGGCCCCGUCGUCGCGCCGAAAAGCCAAUAUGAACAACAACAAUAACGACAAGGCCGAGAAGCGUCGCAGCAGUCGCGCGUGUCUCGAGUGUCGGCUGGCAAAGACCAAGUGUCAUGUGACGGACAGUCAGGACGUAUGCGACCGCUGCGCCAAGUUCUCGUUCGACUGUCGAUUCGUGCGCCAUCAUAGGGGCCGAAAACCCGUUUCAAAGCUUGCGUCGCUCGACGUGGACGACCUGGAUGUCGGGAUAGGCGCUUCACGCUUUGGUGUAUCGGACGAGGAGAUGGGCACAGACCACGAUAGCGAUUCGGCAAACGAGGAAGGUGCAGGCAAGCCCGACUCGGGUGCCGCUAACGGAUCUGAAGCUCACGCUGCAGCGGGCGCGGACGGCAAGCGCUCUUCGAUAACGGAUCACGAUGCUACUAAUACUGCUGCGGGCUCUGAGUCUGGUCAGCGGAAGGGUAGAGAAGCGCAUACCAGCAGAUCAGCCGGCAGCCGUUCCAACAGCAAGGCGAGGCCGCAUCGGCUCGCAAACAGUCUGCAUGAGCUCGACACGAGUGCACGCCGAAGAAUCUGGGAGAUGCUUGCUCAAAAGAUCCCGCAACGCGGUUCAACCUAUACGUUUGUCAGCAAAGGUGAGGUGGCUCACGACAAUCUUCAAGCUUCCUCGUCCAAGUCCGGUAGCAGCAGCACCAGCAGCAAUAGCAAACUCGGUUCUGCUGGCGCCAAGAGAGGAUCUUCGCCCUCAGGAGCUGCUCAGGCAGACAGCAAGAAUGGGGAUGGAGACAGCAAAGCUCAUGUCAAAGCGGGAGAUCAGACUGGUGCAAGCGCUACAGACGCCGCAUCAGGCUCUUCGCAGGCAGCUGCACAGACAUCCGGCCCGUCCCAGCACUUCGCAUCGACGUUCCGCAACCUUCUCCGCCCCGUGGAUAAGCGGGCAGGAGCUACAACCGCUGCAGAGGAAGCAGCAUCCGCCGUCACCGCUCGAUACCCCAGGCUUCCCGACACGCUCAACCUCUUCGGUCCCAAGGACCCCGUCGAUCUCGGCAUCCUCUCCAUGGCGGCUGCUCGUCGGCUCUACGCCUACUAUUUCCAACAUCUCAAUCCGUGGGGGAUGAACUUUGACCCGUGCUUUGUCUCGCACGAUGCAGUGCGCGCCUCCUCGUCGUUUCUUUACACUACCAUUCUCUAUCUUGCUUCGAGGUACAUCGAGCUCGCGGAUGCGGACGAGGCGCUUGGCGAAGCGACGUCUUUCUACGCUGCGGCGACGUUUGCGAGGCCACGGCCGGAUGAUGAUCGGGUGACUGCGGGAAUCUCGGCGCAGCUGGGGACGCACGUGCGCAGUCUGGCGAUCACGGCGUUUGCAGUGGGCGAUCGGAGGAUGGAGACGGGUGUGGCGAUGUACUUGUCUUCGGUGUGGAAGGAGGCUGACGAUCAUUUCACCAUCUUGUACUGCAGCUAUGCGGCCAAGAUCAUGAGCGAUAUUCCGACCGAACUCUUGUCGCUCCUGCCUUCGUCUGGCGCCCCUUCCACGGCACGCUCCAGCAAGAGCGGUGCGAAACCGGUCGACGACGCCAGCACUGCUGCAACUCUUUCUCAGCAGAGACUGCGACGCAACCAGCAGCGUCAAUUCCUCUUCCACUUUAUCCAAGAGCACACUCAUCUGUUGCACUUUGCACCACGGCCCAACUUCGAUCGUGGGCCGAGCCUGUUGCGCAACCUGCUCGCCUGGGCGGACGACGCGCUUGCUACCGAGGACGACAUCCUGCUGUGCGCCGACAUCGACUCUGUGCUGCUGCAGACCAAGUACAAGUCGAUCAUGGAACGUGCCCAGGCUCAGGAGAAGGAUACGCUCUAUGGCGGUAGCGAAUGCUUUUUGCUGCUGCAGAGUUUUAUGGAUGAAUUGGAGGGGUGGACCAGUCGGUGGGAGCUGCAGGCGCGCAAGAUCGAUCAGCGCUUUAGACGCGCUGCUGAGGUGCGGGAUGGGGAGGAGGCAGAUGCGGUUGAGAGAGGAGCGGGAAGGAGGACGGACGAUUUUGCGAGUCACUUGCCUCUGGAUGCGCGGAUGCAUCUGCUGAGCGUGAUGCGCAGCAGUCUAGUAAUGCAGAUCUCGAGUAUAGCCUUCCGUGCGUCGCUGCGGGAUAUCAACAAGGUCAAACCCACUGCCGCAGGAAAGUCGAGCAGCGCCGGUGCCUCGGCUUUCUCCCCCUCGGCACUUUCCGCCAUGGACGACCGCGCCGAACAGAUCUACUACACCUGUCUCGACUCGGCGCUCAACCUGCUCGUACACACAAUGCAGAUGCCCCCUUCCGUCCUCCGACACGCACAGGACAUGAUCAUGGUGCUCGCUCCGCACGCCGCGUUGCUCGCGACCUACCUGAUCUCGCUCCCGCUGCCGUCGGUGCCGCCCAAUUUCGCAUCUAGCGCAGCAGCGGCGGCGUCGGAGCGGUUAGGGUACGAGUACGCAAAGGUGAAAACGCGCAUUCGGAGACGCAAGGAGUACGAGCGGAAGUGUCUCGAGCUUAUGCGGGAUACGAGGGAGUCGUUCCGUUUGGCCCAGGUACGUGCGGACGACCAUGUAGGGUUGUGUGCGCAGUACUUUGACUCGCUGUUGAACGUCAUUGAGGGGGAUGCGCAGGAAGGUGGUGGAGGAGGAGGAGGAGCGAGGCAGGGGCGGUCGCUGUUGAGCACGUCGAGCGUGGUGGCCGGGACAAAGCGCUCGAGGAGUGUACUGGAUGCGGCGGAGGACGAGGAGGCGGGGCCGAGGCCGAGAGGCGUGGCACAGCUUUCGUCGGACAGUGGAUUGGGGAGGGCGAGCUCUGCCGGUCCAACGUCGUCGCGUGCUGCUGCUGCUGCCCAGGCACAGCGAAGUGCGCAACCGUCUCACGCUCCAACCAUGCGUCCUCACGCGUCCGUGCAGCAAGGCUCGUCGCAAAACGCUCACUCAAGCAACAACUCGAACAUGGACACUUCGGCUGCGGAGACAUUGCUCAACCUGCAUUCGGAGAGCAGCGCUCCUUUAAGCUCGGCAGAUGGAGUCGGAGACGGGGAAGCUCAGGCGGCUGGCGCUGGAGAGACGUCGACCUCGCCGGUUGCUGGUGCGAGGGUGUUCGGCGGUAGUGGUGGGUACUAUUCGCCUGCAGCAGCUACGUCGCAUCUCGCGCGCGUGGGUGGGACAGCCUCUACGCCGCCCUCUGGCACACCGGGGGCUGCGACUUUCUCACCGGGCAGCUUCAUCAGCACAGGCAUGUUUGGUCACUUCGCCCCCACCGGCGGCACAGGCUCGAUCCCCAACUCCCCGCAGCACUUCCACUCGCACCAACAACACGCCCAGCACCAUGCGUACCUUCCGUCUGCUCACCAUCACAGCACCAGCACCGCCGGCAGCGGUGGUGCAACGAUGGCUUCGUAUGCAGGCCACGCUCCCCCAGCAGCAGCAGCGGGGGCGGAGUUCGGAUUCGCACAGCAGGGCGUGCUGCAGACUGCUACUGCUGCUGCUGCUGGUGGUGCGGGCGCGGCGGGGACGGUGACGCCGACGGGUGCUACAGGCACUUCAACGCCGGUAGAUUGGACGUGGCUGCAGAGCUUCUUGGAGGUGCCCGAGUUUUCAUGGAUGUGA